AUUGGCCCAUUUCUUACAGCCUGGACCCAGAUUGACAGUAGCUCUUUGAUAUUUUCUGUUUUGCAGAUAUUGUAGAGUUUUCCAAUGGAAAGGCUGGUAUUGUUGAUGAGCUUUUGUUUACUGCUGUCCGAUACACAGCAAGCACCAUCGUUUCUUAUUACUGCCCCAAAUGUGGUACAUUUGGGCACACAUGAGACAAUAACAGUUCAAGUCCACGGAGCACAGAGCCCUGUGCAAGUUACUGUGUACUUCAAAGAUGAGCUUAAAAAUCAGCUGCUGUCAGACAGGAUCAUCUUUAACCUUAACCAAAAUAAUGACUACCAAGAGAUGAAAAAAAUAAUGAUCAGCCCAGGGACUCUGCAACACAACCUGUUCAAGAAGAGUAAUCAGCCAUACGUUCUGCUGGUCGCUGAAAGCAGGGAGCUUCCUAAGACAAUUCAGAGCACUCGCAUCCUCCUGUCCUCCAAGAAAGGCUACAUUUUUAUUCAAACAGACAAGCCUAUAUACACACAAAGUUCCAAAGUAAAAUACAGGAUCUUCAUUCUGGACAAUGCUAUGAGGCCAACAGAUGACACAGUUACAGUUGCUGUGCUAAAUUCAAAAGGAAUGGUGGUUAGAAAGUCAGACCGGAAAAUAAAGGCAGUGUUCAGUGAACACUUCGAAAUACCUGAUGUUGCUGAGCCUGGAACUUGGAAAAUCAAAGCCUGGUUUCAUCAACAUGAAAUGUCUAAUGUUUCUGCUGAAUUUGAAGUUAAAAAAUAUGAACUCCCAUCUUUUGAAGUCAAACUCAUCCCACUUCAGCCAUACUACCACAUCUGGAAUGAAAGCUUUGUGUUUGAUAUCGAGGCAAAACACUCUUAUGGGAAAGAAAUUCAAGGUGCUGCAUAUGUGCGAUUUGGCAUCAUUGAUGAAAAUGAAAACAAAGUGUUUAUUCCAGGUCUGGAGCAACAGCUAUCUAUUCAAAAUGGGAAAGGAAGAGUUACUUUAAGUACACCACUUUUGGAAGAGAAAGUAAGGAAGAGCAUUUCCACUCUGGAAGGGUUUCAUUUAUACGUUGCUGUUACUACUGUAGAAACCGCGAGUGGUGAGAUGAGGGAAGAGGAACUCAACAAUGUGAAGUUUGUGAAAUCUCCUUAUGCUGUUGAUCUGUCUAACACCAAAAAGUAUUUUGUGCCUGGAGCCCCCUUCUCUGUUGUGGCAUCUGUCACUUUGGUUGAUGGUUCUCCUGCUGGCUCCCUACCUGUCACUGCUACUGUUACCUUGCCUGGAAAACCCCCAAUGAAGAAGACUGCACUCUCUAACAAAGAGGGCCUAAUCCCCCUUACGUUCAACAUCCCCAGAGAUGCCCAAAGGCUUGAAAUAACGGUAAAGGCUGAAGAGGGAAAAGAAAAAUUAGAAUCACCUGAAGCCAGUAUCAGAGCUGAAAGAUACCAGUCUGCUUCCCCAAAUUACCUCAGCAUCAGCAUCCCACAUGCUGUUGUGGCACCUGGAGAUACUUUAAGCAUCACUUUGAAUGACAUUCAUCAGUCUGGCAGUGGAAAGAUUGACUAUUUCUAUUAUAUGGUUGUGACCAAGGGACAAGCUGAGCUUUUGGGAAGGGUCCCAUCCUCAGAAAAAGUAAUAAACCUUAAAAUCACAGAGAAGAUGGUGCCUGCCUUUCGCUUUUUAGCCUACUACUUCAUUGCAAAUGAGGGCCGUCAAGACAUUGUUGCCGAUUCCGUAUGGGUGGACGUUAUGGAUGUCUGUGAAGGAAAGAUUAAAGUGAGAACAGAAAAAGAGACGUAUGAACCAACAGACAUCAUCAAUUUACAGAUUGAAACGGAUCAUGUGGGAAAAGUUGCUUUAGCUGUGGUUGAUAAAGCAGUGUUUAUUCUGAAUAAGAAAAAUAAGCUUACUGCCAAAAAAGUAUUUAAUGCUAUGAAUUCGUACGAUCUUGGAUGUUCUGCAGGUGGUGGUUCAAAUAGUGUUCAAGUUUUUACUGAUGUUGGUCUGGCUUUUUUAUCGGAUACAAUUCAAUCCAGCAUUCGGGAAGGAUAUAAAUGCCUCCACGGUACCAGGAGGCAGAAGAGAUCUUUGGAUUUUCAGAAGAUGUCAGGAAUUGCCAGCAAAUACCAAAACACUGAACUACAAAAAUGCUGUCAAGAUGGAAUGAAAUUAAAUCCCAUGAGGUUUCCUUGUGCAAAAAGACUAAGAAGGGUGUCUGGCUCCCGCGAAUGCAGGAAUGCAUUCCAGGACUGCUGUGAGAAAGCCACAGCACUCAGGAAGGAGGCCAAGCGGAGGAACAGAGUGGGCUUGGCACGACGAGAAUACAGCGACCGUGAAGAAUUCUUUGAUGAAAGCUCUGUCAGCUUGCGCAGUUAUUUUCCUGAGAGCUGGUGGUGGCAUUUUGAAGAAGUGGAAAACCCUGGAAUCCAUAGUGUAGAAAACUUUGCUCCUGACUCAAUAACUACCUGGGAGGUUCAGGCAAUAAGCAUAUCUCCCGAAAAAGGGUUUUGUGUAGCUGACCCCCACACCUUUGCAGUUUUCAAAGACUUCUUUGUGUCCCUGAAAUUACCAUACUCAGUCAGACGACAUGAACAACUAGAAAUAAAAGCAGUGGUUUACAACUAUCUGCCCAAUGAUCUCCAGGUAACAGUGAAGAUGGAUGCAGUGAAGGAGCUGUGCACUGCAGAGGCAACAGAGAAGGCUGUGCAGCUGCCACUGGUGGCUAAGGGGAACUCUGCCACACCAGCCUACUUCUCAGUUGUCCCUCUGACUGUGGGAGAAAUUCCAAUUACUAUUACUGCUUUUGACAAAGUUUCUGGGCAUAGUGACAGCAUCAGGAAGAACCUCAAUGUUGUGGCAGAAGGUGUUUUACAGAGAGAAGAGGAGACUAUUUGCAUUAACAGUGGCUUAAAAUCCCAUACACUGGACCUGAACAGACCAUCUGAUAUGGUACCAGGUUCUGAUAGUCAUGUGUUUGUUAGCCUGAAAGGGAAUGUUAUGGAAGAGUCUGUUGAAAAUUGUCUUAGUCUCACCGGAGUUGAGAAACUCAUUCAAGUGCCCACAGGCUGUGCAGAGCAAACAAUGGUCACAAUGGCCCCUGCAGUCUACGCUAUUGAGUACUUGGAUGCCAGUGAGCAGUGGGUGAACUUUAAUCCUGAACGGAAACAGGAAGCCACUAGUAUGAUCGAACAAGGUUAUACUAGACUGCUUGAGUUUCAGAAGGUGGAUGGCUCCUACGGAGCAUUUAAACAAACCCCCAGUAGUGUAUGGUUAACUGCAUUCAUUGUUAAAGUACUCACAAGGUGCAGAGAAUACAUUAGUGUCCAAGACAAUCACAUACUCAACUCGAUUUCCUACUUGAUUAAUCAACAGCAGGCAGAUGGUUCAUUCCAUGACCAUCACCCCGUAUUGGACAGGUCGAUGCAGGGUGGCAUUAAGUCAGCAGAAGAGGAUUUGGCUAUGACAGCCUUUGUAACUGUAGCAUUGCAACAGGCUCUCCGGGUCUACAAGUUACCUGAUGUGGUACAGGGGAUUGGAAGGGCAGUGGAUUACAUGAAAAAUCAACUUUCGAGAAAUGCUGACUGCUAUUCUACAGUUAUCACUGCUUAUGCUCUGACUCUUGUGAAGUCUGAUGGUGAAGAUGCCCAGUUUGUGACAGAAAAGUUAAGGGACUGCUCUGUUUUUGAUGCAGCAAAGCAGCAACGCUACUGGGGAAAUGGGAACGAUGCAGUCUCGGUGGAAACCACGGCCUAUGCACUGCUUCAAACGUUGCUCCUGGAAGACAUGGAGUACACAAGGCCUAUUGCUACAUGGCUGACAGAAAGAAGAAACUACGGUGGAGGGUACUGCUCCACACAGGACACAGUGGUGGCCUUAGAAGCUCUGUCAGCAUACAGCAUAAGGACAUUGAACACUAUUUCCACUGACCUGACUGUCAGACUGGGAACACCUGGAAGACAAAAUGACUACAGCAUUGUUCUGACUGAUACUGAUGAAGAGUUUCAGAAGCAGAUAGAGUUUGAACUUGGGAGAAAACUUGAAGUAUCUGUACACGGCAGAGGAAAUGGGACAAUGAGUAUAUUAAAGAUGUACUGGUCUUCUGAGCUGAAGAACAACACCUGCAAUGAUUUGAUUUUGGCAGUGGAAAUGGAAGGGAGCAUUAAGUACUCUGCAGCUGAAUACUCUGAUGAAAAUGAUGAUGAGGACUUGAUUGCUGCAGAAAACAGUACAUUUGAGGGCCUUUCUAGCAUAGAGUUGUUUGAUAUCCGCAGCAGAAGGAAAAGGGAUGUGAUCACUCCCAGUAAAGCAGAAUCACUGCGGUACAAAGUCUGUGUCAGGUCCACAGGUUCCAAAGCACCAAAGAUGUCCCUGGUUGAUCUCACUCUGCUGAGUGGCUUGGAGCCUGACACAAAGGAUCUUGAACAGUUGGUGACAGCUUCAGACCAGUACAUUCAGCACUAUGAGUACAAGGGAGGAAAGGUUUUGCUCUACUUUGGUGAGCUCACAAGUGGACCAGACCCAGAUUGUAUAUCAUUUGGGGCAAAGCAAAUCAAUCCCAUGGGCUUGGUUCAGCCAGCAAAUGCCAUCCUUUAUGAUUUUUACAAUCCUGAGAGAAAGUGCAGUGUGUUCUACAGUGCUCCCAAGCACAGUGCCAUGCUUUCAAAGGUGUGCCGUGCCAAUGUUUGCCAGUGCGCAGAAGGUCCCUGCCCAAGACAAAGAUCAACUUUCAGUAAAGCUGUAACACAAACUACACGUUUUAAUUUUGUUUGCUACCAACCUACUGCAGACUAUGUAUAUGAGGUGGAGAUUCUCAACAUUACAAAGAAGAAUGUUUUUGAUUACUAUGAGGCCAAAAUCCACAGAAUCCUUAAAGCCAGUAAGUACCAAAAUGUUUGA